CCUCUUUUUGAGAGCUCAGCCUCUCUCUGCUUUACUGCUGUGUUUUGGAUGUUUCCGGAGUACGAGAGCUAAUGCUGAGCGCCGACAGGAUGGAAGAGUUUCAAAGCGAGGAAGAGGAACCCUGGUACGACCAACAGGACUUGGAGCAAGACUUGCACUUAGCAGCUGAACUGGGGAAAACACUGCUGGAGCGCAACAAAGAACUGGAGGAUUCUCUGCAACAGAUGUACACAACCAAUGAGGAGCAAGUGCAAGAGAUAGAGUAUUUGACCAAACAGCUGGAAAUGUUACGGCAUAUGAAUGAACAGCAUGCCAAGGUUUACGAGCAGCUGGAUGUGACAGCGCGUGACUUGGAACUGGCCAAUCAGAAGCUUGUGCUGGAGAGUAAGACGUCCCAGCAGAAGAUACAAUGCUUAACAGAAACCAUUGAGGGGCUGCAGAACCAAGUCGAUGACCUACAAAAGCAGGUGGAAGAGCUGCAGAGUCUAGAUCAGCUGCGCAUCCGCCGGGAGAAGAGAGAGAGGCGCCGAACCAUCCAUACAUUCCCUUGCCUCAAGGAGCUGUGCUCUAGUCCCAGAUAUGAAGAUGCUUUCCAGAUUCAUAGCUCUUCAAUGGAGUUCAGUCAGAUGCCCUUGGAACGAGAGAAUGAGCGGCUGCAAGCAAUGGUGAAUUCCCUCAGGUCCCAGGUCAACCAGGAGAAACAGCGGAAGGAGAGGGUGGAGAGAGAGUACACGUCCGUCAUCCAGGAGUACUCAGAUCUUGAGCAGAGGGUGUGUGAGAUGGAGGGCUGCAAGCUGCGCAUUAAAGAGCUGGAAGGAGAGUUACUGGAGCUCCAGCAGAUGAAGCAAGUUAAGAAGUACCUCCUCAGUAGAGAGGACAACCUGUCAGAAGCGCUUCUGGAGCCCUUGAACAAUGCCCCAGAAGCUGACUACAUCGACCUAACUGAGGAAGAUGGAGGUAGAAACCAUGAAUCGUCCAUGACAGCCUCCCCAAACCACCCUGUACGGAAAAGCUGUAGCGACACGGCCCUGAAUGCCAUUGUGACCAAGGAUGCUGUGAGCCGCCAUGAAGGCAACUACACACUGCAUGCCAAUAAUGUACGCAAGAGGGGGAUGUCAAUCCUGAGGGAGGUGGAUGAGCAGUACCAUGCCCUGCUGGAAAAGUAUGAGGAGCUGCUCAGCAAGUGCCGGCAGCACAAAGACAGUGUGCGCCAUGCCGGUGUCCAAACCUCCCGCCCUAUCUCUCGCGACAGCUCCAUUAGAGACUUCCGGGGAGAGGGUUAUGAGCUGGACGACCUCAAGACAAUGGAGAAGAGCCUUAGCAAACACGUGGAGGCUGUAGACAAGCGGCUAGAGCAGAGCCAGCCGGAGUACAAAGCCCUGUUCAAAGAGAUCUUCUCCCGAAUCCAGAAGACGAAAGCAGACAUCAACGCCACCAAGGUGAAAAAGAAGACCACGAAGUGAAUCCCGCUGCUUUGGCGUCACCGCGUUUGCCACAAGCAAAUUCAGCAUCGAGCUCUUCACUUCGGCACCAGGGAGCAUUGUACGGCCUCCAGCCUCCCAAGUCCUAGGAGCUUCUCACGUUGAUGUCUUCUUGCACAAAAAGGGAACCUCUUGGAGUGUUUCAAGAGUGGGAAGAGCCCACCUCACAUUCUUCAAAGUCAGUGCUCCAAGCUGCCUGGGCCCCUGGAUGUGCUGCAAAAAGCUCUAUGUCAUAGUUGUAGUUGGUAUCCAAGAUUUUGCAAGGAAACCCUUCGCAUCACUGCAGCAGCCAGAAAACACAAACAGGAAAUUAAACGAACUAGCCACAGUCUCCACCUUCUCCCGCGACCAGUUGGAUUUGCUUUCCUUCAAGCAACACAGCAACAAGCUUGGAUUUCUUACAAUGCCCUGGAAUAUCCAGAACGUAAUAAUUUAAAGCAUCACUUUCCAGAGGCAGCUUCCAUACAUACACUCUCUUUCUUCAGUUUCCUUUCCCCCUUCUUCUUCCCACGAAGAACCCACAGAUGCAUCAGCAAGACUUUUUACUGGACUUCUCUCUUUCCGGAAGGGGAGCAUGUUCUUCCUGUUUAAGCCAUCCUCUUACUGGUCAGGUUUUUCAAUUUUUACAAUGCAAGCUCAUUGCAACUGGAAAAACUUGAAAAAAGAUUGCUGUUAUGUCUUCAUCAAGCAUACCUAAUUGUUCCACUCAUAUAAGAUAGGACAGAGUGAGCUUAGGUUUACACUUCCUCCAGUAUUUUUAUUUUAGGAAGUUAGUUGUCAUCACUUCGCUCAUUUAACCUGAGCUUUCCAAGAAGCCAAACAAGAAGUGCUAUUACUGGCUUGGAGAGACACCCUCGUCUUCAUUUGGGUGUUGCGUUUCCCAUGCCUUGCCGUUCAAGUGGUUUUUCCUAAUUGUCUUUUGUGGCUGGCUCCUAAAACAUGAUUUGCAUGGGCUUGCAAAAACUGAAUAGUGAUGGCUCAUGUUAAGUAGGAGUAAAUUCAGCAAAACACUCAAGUUCAGUUGUCAUCACUAAUAAUGUUGCUUAUCACACUAUUCCACGCAGUCACUUGUUAGUUAACGCUUCCGUUGCCAAGCUGCCUUUUCCAAAGGCUCUUUCUACUCCAUUUAUACAUUUAACCUCGCCUACAUAUACCACACAUUUACACACAAAAGGCCUCUUCAGUCUCAGGAAUAGUCAGUAUCCAUUUCACAGAAAUACAGAAUUGGGAUUCUUUAGUCACAUGCUAAUAAGUGAUGGUUAGGGUCACAUGCAUAUAUGAAAAUAAGCAGUAUUAUAUUUCACUAAGUUUAGGGCACACAUGCCAGAGUUCUCACUUGUGAGGGGACAAUAGUAGCAAUGAUUAUUAACUUACCAAGCAGUAUUAUACUUGAAGAAAUUUUGGACCAGUUUCUUGUUUAGCUGUAUCUGAAUAAGGCCCAAAGUCUGUGAUGUUUCUUUGAAAUCAUGCUAGUGUAAAUGAGUCUGCCUUUCAUUAUUUUCAGCUUUUUCCUUCAUGUCCUCUCACUUUUCAGCACUGUUUCUUCUUUGACUGCGAUUCUCAAAUCGCACGCUUUACAGUAUUAACGGGCCCGAGCCAAGUGACUUGAGGACCAUGGUUCCUUACAGUUGGCUGCCAACAUUUCUGCUUCUUGCCAUGCUUUUACAUUUCAUGUUGGUAGACUUGGUUUUGACCUGAAGCCGAUUUUGUGAACUAAGUAAAUACAGGGUAAGAAGGCAAAUGUGUGGAAAGUCAAUGGUUAAGUCAAACAGAGUGAGAUUUCUACUCCUCUGCCAUCAGAUUGUCAUCACGUUAUGUGUUUGCUAGAUUCUUGCCAUGGGGGUCCUUGUGUUCGGCCAAUUGAAGUCACUUUUGUAAUGUGUGAAAGUAUUUUUGAGUAAGCCUGCCCAGGGGCUCUUCUUUCUGGAAAGAUUCUUCCUCUACUACUUAAUGCCAAAACUUCUUUUGUACCCUUGAUGUGGCCCAGCUUUUGAAGUAUUAGGAGCCAUAGACAUGAUUGUGGCUGCCACUCUGGUAGCCAUAAUGACAAACCUUCAUGCCUUACAGUUGAAAAAUCAAGUUGUCUGGGGGGUAAAAUAACAAAGGAAGUUGGUUUUCUCAAGAGCAUUUACCUUGCUCUGUGUGGCUGCCAUCGUGGCUGCUGAUGUUUUGAUUAACUUUCUUUUACUAUCUUUCUACUAAGGGACUUUUGAACGGAUGUUUGUUCUCAAGUCAUCUGUUUGUUGCAUCAGUAUUUGGGGUGGGAGGGGGCCAUUGCAAUCAUUCUUGGUUUUGAACACUGUUAAUGUGCAAACCAGCAUCCCAGUUUAAGUGUAGUAUACUUAAAAUUAAUAUAUUUAAAAAUGCUUUAUUCUCUUCUUAAAUAAAAAAAGAAACACCAGUAUUCUGAA